CCUCGACAAACAUGGCCGCCGCGCCGGCGUCACCCCCGCUAGGGAGGCCGCGCUGCAGCCUGGGAAUCGCGGCUUCGGCGUCACCCGGCCCGGAACCACGUGACGCAGAAGACUCCCGGCGGCAGGGCUCGCGCGGGUGGAGCUGCCUCGGCGUUGGAGCGGGGUGGGGGCUGCCCGGGUGAGGUUUCCCGGCGGGUCCUGGCCUCUGCGUGCACGCGCCCGCCUGCUCGCGCUCGCGGUCCUGAGCGCUGCCGGAAAAGAAUAAUGCUGUCAGCAUGUCUGCACAUUCCAUGCUCUGUGAACGAAUCGCCAUAGCCAAGGAACUUAUCAAGAGAGCAGAAUCACUUUCUAGAUCGAGAAAAGAUGGCAUAGAAGGUGGUGCAAAACUGUGCAGCAAAUUGAAGGCAGAAUUAAAAUUCUUACAGAAAGUAGAAGCUGGGAAAGUAGCUAUUAAAGAAUCCCACUUACAAAGCACUAAUCUAACACACCUGAGAGCCAUUGUGGAAUCAGCAGAAAACCUGGAGGAAGUUGUUAGCGUCCUUCACGUCUUUGGUUACACAGAUACCUUGGGAGAAAAGCAAACCCUUGUGGUGGAUGUAGUGGCAAAUGGUGGUCAUACUUGGGUCAAAGCCAUUGGCCGAAAGGCUGAAGCGCUGCAUAACAUCUGGUUGGGCAGGGGCCAGUAUGGUGACAAAAGUAUCAUUGAGCAGGCCGAAGACUUCCUUCAAGCCAGUCACCAGCAGCCAGUGCAGUACAGCAACCCCCACAUCAUCUUUGCCUUUUACAACAGUGUGUCCAGUCCCAUGGCAGAGAAGCUGAAAGAAAUGGGCAUAUCAGUGAGAGGAGACAUCGUCGCAGUCAACUCUCUGCUAGAUCACCCUGAGGAGCUCCAACUGAGUGAGAGCGAAUCGGAUGACGAGGGCCCUGAACUUUUGCAUGUGACCAGAGUAGACAGAGAAAAUAUACUGGCAAGUGUUGCGUUUCCGACGGAAAUUAAAGUUGAUGUUUGCAAAAGAGUAAAUCUGGACAUUACUACUUUAAUCACAUAUGUAUCUGCCCUCAGUUAUGGAGGCUGCCACUUUAUUUUCAAAGAAAAAGUGCUCACAGAACAAGCAGAGCAAGAGAGGAAAGAGCAGGUUCUACCCCAGCUGGAGGCAUUCAUGAAGGACAAAGAAUUGUUUGCUUGUGAAUCUGCUGUCAAGGACUUUCAGUCUAUUCUAGAUACCUUAGGAGGACCUGGGGAGAGAGAGCGGGCUACUCUGCUAAUUAAGCGAAUUAAUGUGGUGCCAGACCAGCCUUCUGAGCGUGCCUUGAGACUAGUGGCCAGUUCAAAAAUUAAUAGCCGCUCGUUAACAAUUUUUGGGACAGGGGAUACCCUAAAAGCCAUCACGAUGACUGCCAAUAGUGGUUUUGUCAGAGCUGCAAACAACCAGGGUGUUAAAUUUAGUGUGUUUAUCCAUCAGCCCAGAGCACUUACUGAGAGUAAAGAGGCUGUAGCCACCCCCUUACCACAAGACUACGCAACCGACAGUGAACACUAAUGAUAUCCUUUAAAUAUUGUCUUGGAAAUAAGUUAUUUAAACCAAAGGCUGGAUCUUCCCAUCUAAACUGGGGAGGAAAUGUCUCUUUUAAAAAUAAUACUUAGAACUCUUAAACCAGUAGAGUUUUUUUGUGUCUCAUCUAUAUUUAAAGUACAUAGCCCCCCAAAGUAGAAGCAGCACAGGAGACAGAACUGUCUACAUUAGUGCAAUUAAGAACGGAAACACAUCUGUAUGUCUUUUGACUAUAUUGUAAUACUUUGGUUUGUUUGAUUCAGUAGGGCUGCAGCCCCCUACACAUUUCAUGGAAUAUGGCUAUCCCCCUGUGUCUUGAAUUAAACAUCUGGAGAAAACUCUGAA